ACCAUAUUUAAUAAAAUAAAUAUUCGUUAAUAAAAUUGUCACAUCUACAAAUAAUGUAGGGUUCAUACCUAAAAAUGACGUCAGAUGUAACCUUAUUGGACCUCAGAAUUUCACAAGCAGAGGACCGAGAAGCAUAUAAUUAAAAAAAAUAUGAGUGAAAACCGGAAGGACGAUUCACAGCAAGGGGCUGGCUCCAACCAGGAGACUGCCGAAGUUGCAGUAAGUCCAGUGGAAAUGAUAGAUCUGUCCCAUCUGGAGUUUAUACCGCCGUUGCGAUCCGGCCGGAAUCGUGCUCCCGACGCUGUCAUUGACUUGUGCACUCCAGAUGGACCAAGAAGUCGUCCAGUGAACAUCACGUCCGACAUUUCAUAUAGCGCUCCUAGUCGUCGCCGCACCUUUAAUCAGUCCACCGCAACUCCUCUAGUAGUGGAUGUCGACGAUGUGUCGCCACCCAAACGCAUCCAACGCGAUCUCGAGCUGUCCCAGAAGGAGGACUCCUACAAGUGUCCGGUCUGCAUGGACAGUGUGACCAAGCGCGAGCCGGUGACAACCAAAUGUGGACACGUUUUCUGCCGGGAAUGCAUCCAAACUGCCAUAAGCUCGAUGCAGAAGUGCCCGUUGUGUAACAAAAAGCUAACAACGCAUCAAUAUUCUCGCAUUUAUUUGUAAGAUCCUUGUUUUAUGUUGGAAUCGCUCUGUGAGCCCUAUAAAUUUUCUUUCAUUGUAUGUAAUAUUAUAUAAAGUUUGAUCGAAAAAAAAUG